AUGUCGGGCCCUUCCCAUCCACUAGAGGAGCUGCCCAAUCAGUUGCACAGUAGGAUGGAGAUAGAAGGGAGUACCGGCGGAGAUAUGCUCCACGACCUCGUCUCCAGCGGGAUGUUCGCAAGCAUGGAGCACUUCAAUGCGCCGUUGCCGGAUGGCAACAUCAUGAAGUUCCAGCUGUUGAAGGAAACCAACCGGGAUGUCGCUACGGCCUUGCCGUGCAAGGUGUGGCACGCCGCCGUUGCGCAUCCAGAUAUACGAGGAGGUCAUUUUGACCUGGGAGGCCAACACCCACCGGUUAAAGACAUGGAGAUGCACGGGACUUUCUUGACGUUGCAAGCCGCGAAUAGUAAAGCCGAGAGAGUGCUUGAAGAAUUGAAAGCUGAAAUGGGGAGAACUGCUGUCAUACAGAAGUCGUACCUUGAUGGGGUGGUAAUGGGGUUCGUCCUGUCUGGGCAGGGUUCAUCGGUUGAUGCGAAGACGGUCCAGGUCGCAUGUGAUGAUGGGCGGAUCCAGCAGGUGGACAGGUCGGGCAAUCCUUUACAAACUUGA